GGAGUCGCCACGCACGCCGUUCGGGGUCAGCCGGAAGCGGCACUCACUCUGCCUUUGCUCUGCACCGCGCCGCGCCGCCGCUCGCAAAUCCGCCGCUCCAAUCGCCCGCUCUCCCGGCCCGGCCAUUGCCGCCGACGCGGAGACUCAUGGAGUUCCGCUUCCGCGCCGGCGACCGCGGGCCCUCCUCGUCCGCCUCCGCCGAUUCCCCGCCGGUACCGCUCUCUCACCCCCACAACGGCUGCUUCGGUGGUCCAGGCCUUCAAGGGCCGCUGCCGCCGCCGCCGCCAUCGAUCGAGUGGGAGGCGGCGCGGCGGGAAGGCAUUAUUCAGAUGGAGGUGCGGCGGCGUCUCAUAGAGGAGGAGGUGCGCCGCGAGUUUGAGGCCAAGGGCAACCUCGCCUUCGCCCAAGCCCACCGCGCAGGGUUCCUGCCCGACCCGUUCUUCCCUCCCGGCCACCUCAUGCCGCCGAUGGCGAUGCAUCCGCCCCCGCACGCGCUGCCGCCGAUGCCUUUCGACCAGCUUGGAGCCUGGCAUGGCUUUAACCAGUUUGGGCCUCGCCCGCACGCCGGGUUUGGGGAAAGGAUGCCGCUCCACUGUGAGGAGAGGAGGUUGUCUCCGCCGCGGCCAAAGCCCAAGCAUAAGCUCCAGCUGCUUGAGAUCGAGCCCUCCGGGAGACCCGAGGCUCCUUCAUCAAAAACAAAGGUCCAGAGGAUAAAGAGGAAGGCAGAUACAAUUGGUGGACCCACUGUAGCAAAGAAAGUACAGAAAGUAACCAAGGACUGGAGCUGUGCACUAUGCCAAGUGAGUGCAACUUGUGAAGCUGGACUUAAUGAGCAUCUUGAAGGGAAAAAACAUAAGGCGAAGUUCGCCCAGUCUGGAACAAGUAAGGUGAUAACUGAUAGCAAAGACAACAUGCGGAAGAUCACCGGGAAUAAGAGUGGAAUAGAACCUUGUGAUGAACCUAAAAAGAUAUGCAUACUAGUAGAUGGAGAGUUGCAUGAAGUUGUUCAGAAGAACAACUACCUGUGGUGUGAUCGCUGCAAAGUCAGGUGCGAUAGCAAUGUGACCAUGGCUGGCCAUUUGCGGAGCAAGAAGCACAAUAAACGAAACAAGGUUUGGUCAUCGAUAGAGGCUGUGAGGAUGGAUACCAAAAUCAAUGAAGAUUUGAGCUCUCCUUGUGGAAGUAAGGUAAAUACAAAUGACUCUACUGAAACUCAAGCCCUAAUUAAGGGCAACAUAGACAUGGCCAUCCAAGUUGAGGAAUGUGGCCUUGUAGAAAAUCCAGUGGAAAUUGAGAAACAAAGCACAACCAUGGCCAGUGAGGUAGAAUGUACAAACAUGGCCAAUACAUCUGUGGAAACUCCUGUUGAAACUAUGAUGGAAAGCAAGGACAUGACAAAUGAUGCGAGGCGUCUUUUGCCAACAGAGGAGUAACACUAUACCUUGAUGUUUACAUAUGCCUAGCUCAGUUUCAUCAUGAGAUCUAGCUUUUCCUCUUACCACCCGUACCUAGUGUAUAGGGUAACAAUAAUACAUAUGGGCAGUGUUUUCUUGUUAAGUUUCUUGACCAUUGGUAAUCACGGAUGACGUUAGAAAUCUUGCAAGUCUAUGGGUCCAGCGCAAUAGAUGGCUUGUAGGAUAUCUAACUUGAUUACUACUGUCCAAGCAACUUUGCAUGAGAACAUUGCUCACCAGAUCUAUGUAUUAUUAUGGGAUAUUUGAUCAUUUGCCACACUUUUCUCUGAAAUUUGAUUAUUUGCCACAGGUCACAGGACCACCACAUGUCAGUGAAACAGGGUGUGGCAAAUAAUCAAAUUGCAAAUAAAAGUGUGGCAAAUUGUCAAAGCCCCCGUAUUAUUAUUUCUCUGUGGGCAUGUUUUUCACUUGGAGGAGAUGUUUUUAUGUAGAAUUCCCGCUGUGAAUUGUACCUUUAGCUGCAUCUGGUACUUUCUAUGUAGUUUUGAUUUUUCCCCUCCGUUCACUUGUACUGUACGUGGGAUGAGGUGGGUUAGCUCGUGACGAGUAGGGUUCCUUGGUGCCAACCUUACUCUAGUCUGCAAUUGAUUUAGUGCUUUCAACUUUCGUGUAUGCUGUGUCGAAUCUAUUAUUUCUGAGUAGUUGCAGAAUGUACUCACCAAUAGCUGUUUCAGAAAUAGUACUCACCCCUCCCUAAUCUAUAGGGGCAUAUAUGAAAUAUCAGGUCCUGAAGUUGUAGUUUCCAUGAUAAUAA